AUGGAGGACUCGGAAAAGAAACUGAAUCAGAAGAGCGACAAGAGCGACGACAAACCCAGAAAAGUACGAUUUAAGAUCUCCUCUUCCUACAGCGGCCGAGUGUUGAAGCAGGUUUUUGAGGACGGGCAGGAAUUAGAGUCACCCAAAGAGGAAUACCCUCACAGUUUUCUCCAGGAGGCCCUUGAACCAAUGGAUGGUGUCUAUGGGUCAGGGGAAGCCCCCAAGCCUCAGCUGUAUUCCCCUAAGCUGACUGCUCAAAGGAUCAGCGUGUUUAGAGAUGGCAGUGCCUACUCUCUGGCGGGCAGCCAGCCUCUGUUCAAUGACUACAAGCCGAAUGACCAUAAGCCUCCACCGAUUAUAGAUUUUGGGAAGAUAAUCAUCUACACGAACAACCUGAAAAUCAUCCGGACCCCGAUGGACAAAAGGGACUUCAUGAGGAGAAUCCUCCAGAAGGAAGCAGUUGCUGAGGAGGAGGCUCUGAUGAGCACAGGAGAAAACGACAGUCCCCUGCCGGAGACGGAAGGCACAUUUCUCCAUAAUCAGCACACACAGGCUGGGUUGGUCCCUGAGGACAACUGUCUCCACUGCCAGGGGUCCGGCAUCGCCACCUGUUCUCUGUGCCACGGCAGCAAGUUCUCAAUGCUGGCUAACAGAUUCAAGGAGUCCUAUCGAGCCCUCCGGUGCCCUGCCUGCAACGAGAAUGGCCUGCAACCAUGCCGAAUUUGCAGCCCGUAG